AUGAAGGUUUUCCUGCUUCUUCUCAUUUGCCUGGCAACAUUGGCUUACAGUCAAAACACGAUUCCCAAACAUUUUCUUGAUUGUCCAUACCCCAAAAUCUGUGCCAGUGGUCUUUGUGUGAACUUUGGCCGAAAUUGCAAUUUUCAUUGUCGAGAAAAUCAAAUAUGUCUCCCUGGAAGUGGGAAAUGUGUUGAUAGAUAA